AGAGUGCCUCGGGAUCGCCCCCGAGCGCUUUUCAAAACAAGCAUCUUGCAGACCUAGCAACCCAGACUUCCCCGGGGUCCUAGGUCCCAGCGAUCAACCCCUAGCUGCGGCCCCAGACCCACAAGUCCCGAUGGGUCCCCUGGAGGGCGCGGCGAGGCCAGGGCGCUUCUUCGGCGUCUACCUGCUGUACUGCCUGAAUCCCCGCCACCGGGGCCGCGUCUACGUGGGGUUCACCGUCAACCCUGCUCGUCGGGUCCAGCAGCACAACGGGGGCCGCAGAAAGGGCGGGGCCUGGCGGACCAGCGGGCGAGGGCCAUGGGAGAUGGUGCUCAUCGUGCAUGGCUUCCCGUCCGCCGUGGCCGCCCUUCGGGAUGAAGAGGGCCCCCUGUUUUGCCCCCACCCUGGCUGCCCCCUAAAGGCCCACGUGUUCUGCCUGGCAGAGGAGUUCCUUCUGCAAGAACCAGGGCAGCUUCUUCCCCUAGAAGGCCAAUGUCCUAGCUGUAAGAACUCGCUGCUUUGGGGAGACUUGAUCUGGCUGUGCCAGAUGGGCACUGAGGAGGAGGAAGAAGACUCGGAAUUAGAAGAGGAACACUGGACAGACAUGCUGGAGACCUAAUCCUCAACGUCCCAGCCCUCCCCUCACUCCUUUUCUGUCCUACCCCCAGUGGGUCUGGGCAGUUUUUACUUGAGUACAAUAAAAAGUCUGAGUUAAGGUUA